GCUGUUGCUUGUCUUUGGGCGGGCAUUUGUCGGAUGUGGAAGGACUCCUUAGAUAGUUGCUCGUACAAUAACAACGUUUAUUGACUGUGACACUAAGCAGCGGCGAUGCCGCCACUGGGGAGAUGGACCAGCUGGAGCUCAACCCGAGGAUCAUUGCAGCCGUAAGCAGAGCACACCUAAAGUCAGCCAGGGAGGUGUUGUGUGUCUCAGGUUCAGACUUACAGAGGGUCACGGGUCUGUCCAGUUCAGACGUCCAGCAGCUUCUCAUCGCUGCCGCCACCUCCUGCCGCCGCCACCAUCCGAUCGCAGCCCUCGUGCUCCAUCGUAAGUUUGACGCCGGCCUCCGACUCAGCGUUGGAUGUCCGGUACUGAACCAGUUGCUGAGGGGGGGGUUACUUGUGGGGGGAGUCACUGAGCUGUCAGGAGAAAGCGGAGCGGGAAAGACUCAGCUGGCUCUGCAGCUCUGUCUGUCUGUACAGUACCCGACCCAGUACGGAGGGCUGCAUUCAGGAGCCGUGUACAUCUGCACCGAGGACUCUUUUCCUAUCAAACGUCUGCAGCAGCUGAUCACAGAUCAGUCCCUUCUGCGCUCGGACGUUCCUCCUUCGCUGAUCAGCAGCCUCCAGUUCAGUGACCGCAUCUACAUUGAACAUGUAGCAGACCUGGACUCCCUGCAGGUGUGUCUCUCUCGCCGCGUCCCCCUGCUGCUGACUCGGGGUCUGGUUCGGCUCCUUGUGGUGGACUCGUUGGCGGCUCUUUUCAGGUCAGAGUUUCAGGCUGCUGAUUGGCUGGAGAGAAGUAAACAGCUCCUCACCUUCUCCUCAACACUGCACCACCUGAGCUCGAGGUUCACCACACCUGUCCUCUGUAUUAAUCAGGUGACAGAUUUUCUUAGCAGCUCAGACGACAGUUUGGGCCCGCUCUCCUCCAGCGUGUCACCAGCCCUGGGGCUGCUCUGGGCCAAUCAGGUGAUGGUUCGGCUAAUGAUGCGUCGUCUCCAGGUGACUGUUGCCCAGGGCGACCAGAGCAGCGUCCUCCGCAGGCUGGAGGUGGUCUUUGCUCCUCAUUUGGCCCGGAGUGGGCGAGACGCCGCAGUGUGGAGGGAGGGGGUCCGAGGGGUGAUGAGGGAGGUGGAGAUGUCCCAAUGGAGGGGGUCUGAGGAGGGAGGGGGAGGGGGUCCUCACUUCUGUUUAACAAAUAAGGAAACAAAUGGCUGUAAAUGAUGGGAGAGGUGAAACAGACAAAGUUCAUCAAAUUAAUGACGUUACUCUUCGGAUGAUAGGCAACCCUUAUUUUACUGUUAAGCUCAUUCUACGUUAUUUCAAGGAUACACCAGUUCUCAAGUACAUUCUGCAUAUUAUUUUGUUUGAUCGAAAAAUAAACUGUGAGACUUUAUAUAAUAUAAUACCUGCUUCUGUCUGGACAGAGAUCUUUCACAAUAAAGCUGUCCAAUAGAGAAAGAAAAAACCACGACAACGUUGUGCUGCUGUUUUUUUAAAUAUUUUUUUUAUCUACAAAAUAUAAAGUGAAAACACCAAGUAGGUAUCUUGGCUUGCUGCUUCUGUGAAUGCAAGAUAUUAUUACAAAUGUUACAAACAUUGGAUAGAGAGAGCGCGACUGUCUCGCCCUAGAGAAACGUGCAUGGAGAGCUAAAGGGAGCUCAUAUAUGGACCUGGAGGGAGAAUACUAGCCCAUCGUUUAGGGGGCGUUCUAGUUGUGGAGUAUAGUAUCUAUCAACUAUCUGUCUGUGCAUGCACAUAUCAGCCAACCCUACUACUAUUUUUAUUUUUUUGUCUCUGCAAUAAAAAAAUCAUGCAACUAAA